AUGGGUAAAAUUCUACCUGAACCGGUCGGAUAUGGAUGUCUUGAAGAAGUAUCUACUCAGCAAGGAUUCUUGAGAAAGGACAUGUUUUCGCUCAUGGUUGUCCUUGGAAAAGAAGUAAAAAGAAACACAUUGGUCGUACGCAAAAACUCCAAUGGCAUAACAAAAAUACUUUGCUUAAAUCCAUAUAACAUGGUGCAGAGAGGAAAAAUUGUAGCUGGUGGUAGUAUUAUCGAGUCCCAAGUUGUUUGGGAGUGUUCUCUAUGUAAUGAAGUUUCAGUAUGUGAUGAAGAAGGUGAUGGUGGUGGUGUAUGA